UUUCUUCUCACCAUGCCUGAUCCUGCGAAGUCCGCUCCCGCUCCGAAGAAGGGCUCCAAGAAGGCCGUGACCAAGGCGCAGAAGAAGGACGGCAAGAAGCGCAAGCGCAGCCGCAAGGAGAGCUACUCGGUGUACGUGUACAAGGUGCUGAAGCAAGUGUACGCCGACAAUGGCAUCUCCUCCAAGGCCAUGGGCAUCAUGAACUCCUUCGUCAACGACAUCUUCGAGCGCAUCGGGAGCGAGGCGCGCCUGGCGCAUUACAACAAGCGCUCGACCAUCACGUCCCGGGAGAUCCAGACGGCCGUGCGCCUGCUGCUGCCCGGGGAGCUGGCCAAGCACGCCGUUUCCGAAGGCACCAAGGCUGUCACCAAAUACACCAGCUCCAAGUGAGCGCUCUAGGCUGACACCGAAUCCAAAGGCUCUUUUCAGAGCUACGCACGUUUUAAAGAGAGCUGCUGCAUGUCUACUACCAACUUUAAUCCUUAA